ACGUGAACGUGCGUGGUUUGCUACAUUGGACACGGUUGACGUACUCUUUGUCCUUUGCUGGGCCACCCUGCGUUACCGAAGGAUCUGGAUCGAUGGCCGCCAACAUCAGACAACUGCUCGACAUGAGGCAGCGCGCCGUGGAUCCGGUAUCGGACCGGAGACUGUUUUGCAAGGCUCACGCCCACUCCUCCAUGGUGGAGAGAUUGGGUCACGCCACAGAGCUUGAGGGUCACAGGGGGUGUGUCAACUGCUUGGAAUGGAACAGUGAUGGCAGUUUACUGGCGUCUGGCUCAGAUGACUUGACUGCAAUUGUGUGGGACCCUCUCGCUAAGAAGCAAUUAGCAUCUCUUCCAACAGGGCACACAGGGAAUAUCUUCUCUGUCAAGUUUGUGCCAUUCUCAGGAGACAAUCAGUUGCUUACUGGAGCCGAGGACAAGGAGGUGCGGCUUCAUGACAUCACUUCCAUGGAAACCACCAGAGUGAGUUACAGUUGCACU